AUGUUCGUCAUCAGUUACAUACAUAGGUUGCGACAAACUUCUUAUGAGGUGUGUGAGGUAUGCGCCACGACGGGAUGUACAAUUAUGUUUACAUUGUCCCACAAAUUCAGUAUUAAUGCGAGGAGGUAUCAAUGCGACAGCAAAAAAGCCUUCGGAUUCAUCAACGUUCUCCACAUCCAAAUUCACGGCACAUCAAAUCAGAAAUUGAAACAUCAAAUCCCAUCGAAAAACAAAUUAAUUUUUUGUGUCGACACAGAACAUUCCAAAAAGUGUGAUUCGGAAGACAGGAAAUUGACAGCAGGCCUCACAGUGUCUUGA